AUGGGAGGUGUAUGUGGGCAUUAGCAUUAACAUCAUUAAUUUGCGAAGUCGCCAGAAGGACUUCAUAGAUAUGGAUGCUCAUUCAUAAAUCCUGAGCCAAUGAAGUUUAAUAUUCUAUUCGAAAAUCUUCGUUUACAAUAUCCGACUAAGUCUUGUCAUUUGAGCAUUAAAUUGGCUGGAGAUAUAUUAAUCGAAACGCCAAACCAUAUAGAUUUAGAUGGUAAGCAUGCUUGGAAGAAAAUUGUGGAAACAUAAAUUUAAGCUAGCAUAAUCGAGUUACACGAGAAGAAACUGGAAUUUUACCUAUUUGAAGAGAAGAAUGUGAUUGCAAAUUUGGAGAUUCCCAUUUUCGAUAUUAUAAGUGGGCCUAUUCAUUUUGAUUACUCAAUUGGAAAAGGUAGGCUAACUUUUGAUAUGCAAAUGGCCUAGAUAUUGUAGAUCGAUAUUAAUCCUAUUGAAAUAGAUUGUAGUUAUGUUGAGAGCAUAAAGGACAAAGCCUACGUCUUUAACUUAAGAUUAGUUACACGGAAAAUGUACUUUACGUCGCCAAAUUCUGAUAGCUUUUAUAAUCCAGCAUAUCUGAAAGGAUUUAAUUCGUCCCUUAACAAUUUCCUCUAAGAAAUGAUGUUUAGAACUACUUGGAAUAGUUCCUCCGAAUUACCUAUUUUUAGUAUUGAGUUGCCAUCAAAUGAAUUGUAUAAUAGUGCAUUGUAAGUUUGCAUUUGGAGUAUAAAUAAAGAAAAUGAAUUUCAAUCUCCUGAAAUUUGCUCAAUCAAGUCAAUCAAAGAAAAAUGCGAAAAAGAAGUAAUCAUCGAAUAGAAUCUUUUUGCUGAGACCUUUAUUGCAUUGCAUAAACUAACAUAAGAGGAUGAUCAAGAGGAUUUUAAAAUGCAUCAGCAAUUCAAAACUACUGUAACCAAAAGCCUAUGGUGUAAGGGUAAUAAAGUAGGUACUAUUAAAUGUAAGUUCAACGUAAAACUACCCAGAUUUCUUAAAUAGAAAUUGGUGGGCAUUAGAACUGAGAAUGGGUGUACGUUAGGUGUCAAUAUUUGUAGUUCUAAAUCAGUUGCUUAGAUAGCAGAAAUAACUAAUAUCUUUUAGAAGUUAUAUGAAUCGAUGUUUAAGAUGCAAUCAUUAAGUCACAAUGAUCAACAAAGAACUAUACUCUAACGUCAAGCACUAACUAUUAGUUAGCAACUAUUAGAUGAAGUUUAAAAGGCAGACAAAGAUACCAAUUCUAAAUUAUUUUAUUAUAAAAACCAAGAGGACCUAUUUAAAGCCUAAGAAUAUUUUACUAAGAUUGCAGAAUAAAUAACUAAGUACAUUGAUAAAUUGGAUGAUAAUCUAAGAGAAGUUUGCUAUGAGAUUUUAUUAGUAAUAAUCACUAGAGGUGAAUUUAGGUUGCAUUCUUUAGGGUACUUUGAAGAAUGCAAAUAAUUAUCAAAGAAGUAAUUGGAGUUAAAGAAUUAAGUUAAUCUCCAUUAUUCGGAAUUUAUGCUCCAAACUUUAAAUUGGGUACUUCUUAAGGUUCCUUUGAAAACUCAGUAGUAAAAUGAGAGAAAGUUCACAAUGAGAUUUCUUGUUUUAGCAUUUAUAAGGAUCCCUCACUUUAAGGACUAAUUGUUGAAGUGUAUAACUAAGUCCAAUGAUCCUUAAUUAGUAGAGUGGAGAGGGAAUGAAUUUUAAUUAGAGGAGUAAGAUGUAUUUGUUAAUGAAUAAGUGGCUAUGAUAUUUGAUUGGCAGACAUACUUUUACAACUAUCUUUCCUAUCAAUCAUAAUACUAAUUUAGCUAAAGCACGAGUGAUGAUUAAUGGAUGUAAACUUUUAGCAAAAGGAGUUUAAUUUAUCAGUAUUUUAUAAUGGACUUCUGUGCUUACAUACAAUAUAUAUUGUAAAAGAACAACAUCCAAUGGUAGCAUGUGCCAGGAUACAAGUUGUUAUUGAAAUCCUUUCUUUGUGAAUUGAAAUUAAAAGAAUAGUACACAAUAUCGUUUUUUGAUUGUGUAAUGGCUGUGUCUCGGAAUAACAAUAUAAUAAACAUUAUCGUAAUGAUAUUAUUUAAUAAAACAAAAUUGUAUUAAUCUGAUUAGGUUAUUUAGGUUUUUGAUUUAUUGAGUUUAAUAAUAAAUUAAUGUCCAGAAACAUUAACAGUUUUCGAUUACCCGUUCUUUUUAAAUGGGAUAAGAAUUGUCUUAACAUAAUCAGAACAUGCAAUAGCAAUCGCUACAGUUUUGGAGUUAAUUUACACUAAUUUUUUGAAAUUUCCGAUAGAGUUCCGAAAAGCAGUGAUCGAUUUAUUAUUUGAGCCAUUGAGUUUUGAGUUGUUUCUGCAUUGGUCAAAGAGUGUGAGGACAGUUUUUAUGAGUUUCUUGCUUUAUCGGAUCUGCCAUCAAUAUAGGAACAAUAAGAUUUCAGUUAUGGAUGAAGAAUUAUUCGAGUAGCAGUAUUUGAUAGCAUCGAAGCCGAGAAAGAAUUUCAGUUUUUAUGAGAACCGGAAGGAGGAGAAAUAAUUGAUUGCAGAUUACAUUUACUUAAAAUACACAAGAUUUAUGAUGAAUAUAGAGUAGGUCAAGAUUCAAUUGAAAUAGUUUCAGAUUCAUUAAGAUCUAAGUGUUCUAUAGAAUCUGAAGGAGAAACUGGCUCAGAAGAAUCAGUAUCAUUAGGGGAGUCAGAAUAUAAUUAUUUAGGAGUAGAAAUAGGAUGAUAAGGAAGAAAUUCCGUCGGAGAAAUAGAUGGUUUUUGAGAGAAGAAAUGAAUAUAGAAAUCCUACUAGAAAAAGAACUAUCAUCUUGUCAGAUAACAAGUAUAAAUAUUUUGAAAGUGGCCUUAAAUGA